AUGUCACUUCUGCGCGAAGCCGAGAGAUGUUUCGCUAACCAAGGCUCUUAUGCGGCUCUGAAUGCGCUAAUUGCCACCCUACAUCAGUCAGGGCAAUGGUUGGAACGAGUGAGAGAUGCGGAUGCGCGGCGCACCCGGGGUGCACCUAAGUCCAAGGUGGAUGGUCGAUUGAUUGCCUUCAAGGAUAAUAUAUGCACGCGGGACCUUCCAACUACAUGUGCUUCAAACGCUCUGGACAAAUUUAUCAGUCCGUUUAAUGCGACAGUGGUUCAGCAACUGGAGGAUGCAGGGGCCAUCGUGGCCGGAAAAGCUAACCUAGAUGAAUUCGGGAUGGGCUCCCAUUCUGUUCACUCGAACUUUGGGCCUGUCAGAAGCUUGCGCCGUAACCACGAUGCGGAGAGUCUUUCAGCUGGUGGUAGCUCUGGCGGAAGUGCGGUUGCUGUUGCUACGGCCCAAUGUUAUGCGUCAUUGGGAACUGAUACAGGCGGUUCAGUACGGCUUCCCGCCGCCUAUACUGGAACGGUUGGCUUCAAGCCUUCUUACGGGCUGAUUUCCCGCUGGGGGGUGAUUGCAUAUGCUAACUCAUUAGAUACGGUCGGAAUUAUGGGAAGCGAUGUGUCUACCGUUCGCAGUGUCUUCGACAUUGUGAACCAGCAUGAUCCACGCGACCCGACUAACCUUUCUCCCCCUACUCGGUCGCGCAUCGACUCACAUCUGAGCAUGCUCACUCUGGCAUCUCGGCGGACUUCUUCCCUCAAGAUUGGCGUUCCCCUUGAGUACAAUUUAUCCGAAUUGACCCCUUCCGCGCUCCGCGCGUGGUCUCGCUCUCUAGCCUAUUUGCGGCAACAGGGUCAUACUCUUCACACGGUCUCUCUUCCCACGACUAAACUUGCCCUGUCGGCGUACUAUGUACUCGCACCUGCUGAGGCAUCUUCGAAUUUAGCGAAAUAUGAUGGUGUCAGGUAUGGGAAUCGCCCUGAAGGGCCCGAUAAUACCACUUCAACAGAAGGCUACCUAUAUGCGAACACACGAGGUGAAGGGUUCGGUUCCGAAGUCAAGAGACGCAUCUUGCUCGGGGCAUUUAGCCUAAGCGCUGAUGCUAUGGAUAAUUACUUUAUCCAGGCGCAGCGGAUUCGCCGCCUUGUUCAACACGAUUUUAACACCGUGUUCAGAGCAUGUCAACCAUUGGAUUCUCCGGAUCUGGGAACGAAAUUAGAUUCCGAGGAAGCUGGAGUAGACGUUCUUGUUUGCCCAACUGCUCCGUCGCCGCCUCCACGCAUCUCAAGUCUUAUGGGUCACGGUACAGUAACUUCAUCCCUGGAAGCAUAUAUGAACGAUGUUUUUACUGUGCCCGCCAGUCUGGCGGGUCUUCCAGCCAUAUCCGUUCCGGUCACUACGGAUGAUGCCCAGAACCCUGAAAAUAGCGACUUGGCUGGAAUUCAGGUCAUUGGCCAAUACGGCGAUGAUGGGCUCGUGUUAAAGGUCGCGGAACUGCUCGAGGGCAAACAUUUAUAG